CGAAGGGUAUUAGGGUCAUUUACUAGCUCCGGAAGCUCAUUGGAGGAGAGAGAAACGUAACGGAAUCUUGGAACUUGGGAGGCUAUUUAAGUCAUUUACAUAACGAACUCUGAAAGCACGAGCUUCAUUGGAGGAUAGAAUAGAAUAACCACUAGCAGAGAAGAGAAAGAGAGGGAAGCAAGCCAGAGUUCUUCAUUUCCGCCAUUGCUUUUCUUUUCUCCUUCGCCCGCUUUAUCUGAAUCGAUCGCCGACGAGAGCCUUCUUCCUUCCGACUGCCGCAAUGGGGUUCGCGGCGAGCGGCGCUUGCCUCCUGCAACCUCAAUUUAGCACUUCCGUUUCGUUUCUGUCACCGCCCCCUCCCUUCGCUCCACUGUCUUCUUGCUUCUCUGCAAGUAACUGCUGCAAUGGAGGAGGAUCCAAGAGAAAGAGAAGAGCCGCGGUGGUUAGCUGUUUGCCUUCGGAGGACCCCAAAGACGUCUUCGACAGAAAGAAGAGAGCAGUUCUGCUAGCAAGCUUCUCGUUUCUUCCGUUCUUGCAGCUCAGGGCCCGAGCUCUCGAGGACCCCGUCGUUCAGAAGGAGAACGAGCUUGAGACAACUGAACAGAACCAGAAGGAAGAGCAGGUGUCUGUACAAGCAUAUCCUGAACCAAGGCCCUUUGUGUCUUUUUUGAAUGGAAUUGGCAUUGUUGGUAUUGGUGUACUUGGUGCACUCUAUGCUUUGACCCGGAAAGAAAAGAAAGCUGCUGAUUCAACAAUUCAGUCGAUGACAGUUGAACUGAGCAAGAAGGUAGCUGCAAUCAAGUCGUUAGAGAAGAACUAUGAACUACAGCUACUGAAUGAAAGGGAAGAACGGAAGAACCAGCUCAACAAGGCAACAGAAGAGCAGCAGGUUUUGACAAAUCAAUUAAACUCGGCCAACAAUACAAUUAGAGGUUUAGGGAAUGAGCUGACAAAGGAGAGAAAGGCCAUAGAGGAGCUCAAGCUUCAAAUUGAGGGUCUAGAGGACAGUUUAUCAAAGGCUGGACAUCAGAAGAAUGCUCUUGAACAAGAGCUGAAGGAAAAGCUCAAUUCUAUUGAAGGUUUACAGGAGAAAGUUAAUCUACUCAAUUUAGAUCUGAAACAAAAGGAAGAGAUGGCUGAAAAGCUGACCUCUUCACUGGACGAGAAGGAAUCAGAGUUGAAGAAUUUGAAGAAUGCCUAUAAGCAAGCAGAGAAGGACUUAACUAGAGCACACACGGAAAUCAGUGGGCUGAAAGAUGAACUCUUGGAGACUAAGCAGCAGCUGGAUUUGAAGAAUGCUCUUGUGGAUGAAUUAGGGUUGGAAGUAAGUUCUCUGACUUCAGAGAGGGAUGAAUCUAACAAGAAGCUGGCUGGUAUCCAGGAGGAGUACAAUGAUCUCAAGUCAUCUUCUGAACAUAAAGCUGCGUUGGAUGCUAAGCUGUUGGGGGAGAGAGAAGAAGAGAUUCAGCGUUUAACCCAGAGCCUUGAUCUUUCCAUCAAUGAGGCGAAUGGAAAAGAGAAAAAGAUUGCAGAUUUGGACCAAGAAAGGGAAGAACUGAAGAGGGUGCUGGAAGCUGAAUCGAGCAGUGCAAAGAAAUUGAAGCACGAGCUCCUCACAACCCAGGAAGCUCUUGCUAAGUUGCAAACUGAAGCUUCAGGUCUAGAAACCCUAUUAAGGCAGUCUAGAAGUAGCUGCACACAGCUUGAGGCCGAGCUUGCAAGUGUUCACGAUGAGUACGAUGCAGCUGGAGAGUCAUUUCGGAAGGGCAUCGAGGCAGCAAAGCAAAGCAGCGAGAUAUUGGCUCAUGAGCUUACAUCAGCAAGGGGGCAACUGAAGAAAACAACCGAAGAGCUGACAUCCGUGUCAAACGAGCUAGCAGCAGUGAGAGAAGAUCGUGAUAACUUGCAGAGCGAGUUGGCGGAUGUGUAUAAGAAAGCAGAAGCAAAUGCCAAGGAACUGAUCGAAGACAAGCAGUUCAUUUCCUCUCUGCGCAAGGAGAUACAGAGCGUGGAGCAGCAGGUGCUGAAGGAUAAGGAGGCGAGGAAAGCUCUGGAACUGAGCUUGGAAGAUGCGGCAAGAUCCAUUGCUGAGAAGAACCAGAAUGCAGAGGCAAUUUCCAAAGAUCUGGAGGCUGCCAGGUCGGAGAUCUCGAGGCUGGUAGACGAGAAAGAGAUGUUGAACAAGUCGCUUGCCGAGCAGAAGAGUGCAGUGGCGGAGGUGAAAGAGAACAUGGAAGAUGCUCACAGCAUGGUUUUGAGGCUGGGGAAGGAAAGGGAGGGCAUUGAGAAGAAGGCCAAGAAGCUCGAAUCGGAUUUAGCUUCUGCCAAGGGUGAGAUUCUGAGGUUAAGGAGUCAGAUGAAUUCGGGGAAAACUGUUCGGAAUGAUGAGAAAGCUGUUGUUAAGGAGGAGGAGGACAAGGCUCCGGUUAAGGCUGAAGCAGCACCAGUAGAGAAGGUCAGUGCUGGAGUGAAGAGAAGCCCUCGAAGGAAAAGAGCUACUGGUUCCCAGUAACCAGUCCAGCAUGCAAACACUCUCCACUCCUGGGUUUUUUGCUUGCGAAAUUCUUUUACCCCACUUUUUGGCCGAUUGAGAAGUUUUUGUGUCCCUAUAAUGAAACUUUUGUAUAAACUUGGGGAUCGUAGCGUACGAAUGAGAAGUUCAGGCGUGUAAAAGCUGAGAGGUAAUUCUUGUGAAUAGAGAAGUUUGUUGGAUUGUUGCUCUCAUCUGGUUAAUGCUUUAAUUGUGCUUGUUUGCUUAAACUUAAUAGAA